AUGCCGGAAGUUCAACUUAACAACAGAAGUGACAGACGCGUAGCCCAAAGAUUUGACGCUAAAAGACAAAGUAAGCGAGAAAAACAAAUGAUGAUGGCGUCUCCAAAUGCAAGUAAGUACAAUGCAAAAAAAAGUCGCAAGAAAGCAUCCAGAAAAUCCAAAAUCGCUUCCACGACACCCAUCGCUUCGGUGAAGCCGAGUACUCCUACUCCUUCUGGUAAUACCAGUGCAACUGUAGAGAUGUCACUCGUUCAUCAACAGCCAGCAAAACAAUCAAGCGGCCAAGAACAUGACAGCAGCUUUGAGACUGAAACGGAUUUACCAGUACAAGAGCAAGCCGUAUUUGAGUUGGAAGAGGAGCAGAAACCAAAGAUACUUGAUGAAGAAGCAUUUGACGUAGAAGAAGAAACGCUUACUGAAGGAGAAGAACUUCUAGUCAAGGCUUUAACAGAUACAGUUGAAAACGAAGAGCUUGCCGACGAGUCAUCAUUCAUUGCAACUCCAAAAGAAGAGCGCGUUGUGGAGACUACCUCCAGCCUGGAGAACGAAAACGACAAUCACCCAGUUGACAAUAAGGCAGAUCAAAAGCAAGAUGACGGGCUCUCAGAUAAAAUUAUUACUGCGCAGCAAGAAGAACCCCGAUCAAAUGAAUCGGCUGUUACUGUUCAAAAAGCGUCUCAUGCUAGCAAGAACGACACCAUCCAAAACAAGCAAGUGAACAAGGAGUUGUCUCCUACACAUUCGUUUGUGUUUCCAGAGGCAGCUAUUACAAACAGCCCUGCUGUAUCCAUAGAACUCCCAACGGUAUCUCCCACAAAAAAGAAGAAUGCUAUUUUACGCCUUUUCAAAAGAUCAGCGGCUCAUAUCAUCGAGAAAAACAAGCGAGUGAAGAAGGAGUUACUUCAUACAAAGCAGCUUGUGUUUUCCAGAACAGAUAUUACAAACAGCUCUGUCGCAUCCAUCGAACCUACUAAGGAGUCUUCCACAAAAAAGACGAACAUUAUCUCGCGCCUUUACAAAAAAUCAGUGAAAGCGUGUGAUAUAUUCAUCAAUGACCAAAUCCAAUUAAUUGGUAAAGCCAAUCGUAUUGGUAUCAUUUCAAACAAAAAAAACCAACACCACGAAAUCCUUCAAGAAACUCUUUAA